UGAAGCGAUCCCAUAUUUUGAGUUAUCACUCAGCAUCACACAUACAGAGGUGCCGCGGGUUUGAAGGCCCACAGUUUUUAGUUUUUACUUUCCCUGUCUUUGACUCUCUCUAUAAAUAAGAAAUAAAUUCAUUAGACCUGAGACUGAAAGCGAAAAGGGAGAACGAUGGUGGGGCAGGAGCAAUGGAAGAAGCCCAGUAGAAGCGACGAGGUUGUUGACCCUGAUGAGCAAGCGAGGAUCGCUGAUCAGAUCAGAGCUCAAUUCGAAGCCUUGGCUCCCAAACGACCCAUCAAACCCAACAGAAGCGAACCAGAUCAAGACCCCACCGUUGACCUCCAUGUCACUAAUUCCAUACCCGAGCUACACAAGCUUCAUUCUCUCCAGUCUCAAUCUCAUGAUAUAGUUUGUAAGGAGGGGUGGGCAGAUGCGCAGGAUGAGUUUGUGGAAACCGAGUAUUACAACAAGUUAGCAUCUAUUGACAAACAGCAUCACGCCACAGGGACUGGGUUUAUAAAUGUGGUCACGGAAGGAGGUUAUGAGAUACAGAACCAUGUAAUCGCUGCUCAUGAAACUAAGCCAGCAGGACCAGGCUACAAAUGCAACCCUGCCACUAAUGACUGGCUUCCCAAUCUUCAUGAUCCACAACACCAUCAAGUGUUCACCUCAUCCAAGCCAAAUCGGAGCGACAGUUCUUAAUUAGGCCGCUCUAUCAGAAAAACCAUGAUGUUUCUGUAUUGUUGGAGAUGAGAACGAGAUAUAUUGUGACUUUUGUCACAUAAUAUAAUACUACUACACUAAUUGUUCUAGUGUAUUCCAUAUGCAAUUAUGCAUCCACUCGUAUUAAUUUAAUAAAAGUGUCCCCUCAGGGCAACACAAUCAUGUGAGUUAGGUUUGUAUUUUCUUUUAUUCAAUCCAAUUUCAACUUAUUCUAGAAUAAA